AGAGGGUGGUGAGCAAAGCGAGUUCGAAACCAUUGCACAUGCUCAGACGGCGGGGCCGUAAAGCUACAUCGCAUGUUACGAACAAAGCGAAUGUCUUUGCUAACUAUUCACGGACGAUAAACGCACAUUUGCUUUACAUAUAGAACUAACAAUACCCACUAUUAUUGGAGUUAAGUGGGUGUUCGGUUCCUGACUAUGUCAACAGCCGACGAUUCACGUUACUACAACGAUCACGAUGACCGAGUUGGAGGACAAAAGGUUCGCAACCGUAAAGGCAGAGGGCCUUUCAGGGCCCCUAUGUAUAGUGACCAGGGGCCAGUAGGGCCAAGACCAAGACAUCGUGGUAGCCAAAGAGGCGGCGGCGGCGGCCCGGGACCCAGAGCGAGAUUCGAUGAUGAGGAUGGAGAUGUGGCAAUGGCGGACAGCAACUCCCAAGAUGGAUCCUCCCAACACAGAUUUAACCCUUAUGGAAGGCCAAAUCGGCGUGGUGACGACCGAUUUGACCGGGGCCGCAGAGGUGGUGGAGGAGGUCACAGGGGUCGUGGGAAUAACAAAGGAGGGGAUGGAGGUGGAGGUGGCCGCAAGAACUGGUUCAAGAUGUCUGUCCCCUAUGGAAAGAAAUACGACAAAGACUGGCUGAUAACAGCACUGCAGAAUAUCUGCUCCAUGCCCUUCACCCCAGUACAUUACCACGUAGAGGGAAACCGAGCAGAGUUCUUUAUUGAUGAUUCCACGACUGCGAAUGCCUUGUUUAAGGUAUCACGGAAGAUCACAGACAAAGAGGGCUACAAGGUGACUGUACUGAUGAAUCCCUGUCCUCCACCCUCCUUUCUUCAGUCUGAACUAAAGCCAGCUGAUCUGGAGCACCUGAAGCAAUGCAUGGCUAAACGCUUUGAUCGCCCUCAACAAGCGCUGGACUUGAACAACAUCCGGAUAGACCCAGACCUGGUGUCCCAGAACAUUGAUGUGACUUUGAACAGAAAGAACUCCAUGCGUGCUGUUAUUAAGAUAAUUGAGGAGAAUAUUCCAGAGCUUGUUUGUCUGAACCUUAGCAACAACAAGCUAUUUAGGCUGGAUGACCUGUCAGAGCUGGUCAACAAGGUUCCCAACCUGAAGACACUCAACCUUUCUCAUAACGAGUUAAAGACAGAGCGCGAGCUGGACAGGAUCAAGGGUCUUAAGCUGGUGGAGUUAUGGCUGGAGAGGAACCCCCUUUGUGACUAUUUCAAGGACCAGGCUUCAUACAUCAGCGAGGUGAGAGAGAGGUUCCCCAGGCUUCUCAAACUGGACGGUCAGGAUCUCCCACCGCCCAUAGUCUUUGAUGUGGAGGUGACUCCUGCCGCCCUUCCACCUUGCAAGCCCAGCUACUUCUGCUCUGAAGAGAUCAAGACUCCCAUCGUUGGCUUCCUACAACAAUACUACAGUGUGUAUGACUCCGGAGACAGACAGCCUUUGUUAGAUGCCUACCACGAUGGAGCAACCUUCUCCUUGAGCAUGCCCUUCACCAUGCAGAACCCCUCCAGGUGCAGUCUUGGAGAUUACCAUAAAGACAGUCGCAACCUGAAAAAGCUCAAGGAUCCCACCACACGAUUCCGCUUACUGAAGCACACUCGUCUGAAUGUGGUGGCUUUCCUGAGCGAACUGCCCAAAACGCAGCAUGACACUGCAUCUCUAAUUGUGGACGUCAACACCUUCACCAACACAUUACUGUCGUUCACGGUCACUGGAGUGUUCAAAGAAGUUGAAGGUAAAUCCCGCGACUCUGUGAGAGCUUUCUGUCGGGUGUUUGUCACAGUGCCAGCUGGAGGGACAAGUCUUUGCAUAGUGAAUGACGAGCUGUUUGUGCGCAAUGCUACGACUGAGGAGAUCCGCCGGGCCUUUGUGGCACCUGCCCCCACCCCAUCCAGCAGUCCUGUCCCCACCCUCUCAGCCCCCCAGCAAGAGAUGCUCUCUGCCUUCUCACUAAAGUCCGGCAUGAAUCUUGAAUGGUCCCAGAAGUGCCUACAGGACAAUGAGUGGGAUUUCAACCGAGCAGGGCAGGUCUUCACAGACCUCAAGGCUCGUGGAAAGAUCCCAGAUGUCGCUUUCAUAAAGUGAACAGGAAUGGCUGUGAAGCUUUUUAAUUAUUGUCAUUGGUCUUAUUUCUGUUGAUUCUUAUGCAGUUAUCCUCCUGGAUUACAAGAUAACAUAUACUUCAUUAUUUGUAUAAUUAAACAUGAUUUAACGUGUUCAAA